GAGGCGUGCUCUUGGGGGCGGGCUGGGGACCUGCCGGAUGCGAGACAUGGCUUCGCUCAAUUGCUGCGCGGUAGUCUGCGUCAUCUGCUUGGAUAAGCCCAAAUACCGUUGCCCAGCCUGCCGCGUGCCCUAUUGCUCAGUGACCUGCUUCCGGAAGCACAAAGAGCAGUGCAACCCUGAAACUCAUCCUGCUGAGAGAAAAAUAAGAUCAGCUGUUCCUGCAAAAACUAGUAGGCCUGUGGAAAAUAAAGAUGAUGAUUCCUUGGUAGCUGAUUUUCUCAAUAGUGAUGAGGAAGAAGACAGAGUUUCUUUGCGGCAUUUAAAGAAUUUAGAGGAAUCAGCAGCAUUAAGAAGCUUAUUGCUUAAUCCACACCUCAGACAACUGAUGGUCAGCCUUGAUCAGGGGAACGACAAAGCAAAGCUCAUGAGAGCCUACAUGCAAGAGCCCUUGUUUAUGGAGUUUGCAGACUGCUGUUUAGGAAUUGUUGAGCCAUCCCAGAAUGAGGAUUCUUAACAUGGAUUAUUGUGCUGCUUGCUCAAGCUUGCCUCCCAGAGCUUACCCACUUCUCCUAGGAGACCGCUGGUGUGGGGGCCCUGAGGAGGAGAGGUGACUUCCAAGACAUAGACUGGCUGAUGGAAGUUAUGCAGAUCCUCCACCUCUGGGCUCAUGUUUCAGGCCCAUAUCACAAACCUUGACAUUCAGAUGGUUGUUUUUAAAUGUUUUAUUUUUGGUAUAGUUAUGAUAGACAAUCAUAAAUGAUACCAGUUUUAUACCCAUUUAAGUUAAAAACUUUAUCAGUGUUAAUGAAAUGUGCUGAUUCUCGUACGUUGCAUUGUUCAUCUUUGUUCAUAAUUUCGAAAUUACAUUAAAUAAAUAAUUUACUAAAUA